AUAGUCGCCUCUCGGAGUACACUGGGGCGGAAGUGCGUCAGGCGCGGGAGGGUUGUGUCCGUCCACAAUUGGGUCCCCCGGGAAAGUGGUGGUGGAGCGGUUGUUUCCUGCGACCUAGAUAGAUGAGCAAAGCGUGGCGAAGGGGAGAGGCCGGCGGCAGCAGGAUGGAGGGUGCCGGGCGGGGUGAUGAAGAUGAAUCCAGCAACCAUGGCUCCCACAAGAAGAAGCACAAGAAGCAUAAAAAAAAGCACAAGAAGAGGCACCACCGUGAGGAUGUUGGCCUGCCAGCUGUAGAGCCAAUUGCUUCCCUCCCCAAGCCUCAGCUGAAGCUCAAAAUCAAGCUUGGAGGCCAGAUCUUGGGCACUAAGAGUGUGCCAACUUUUACUGUCAUCCCAGAGAGGCCACGCUCUCCCUCCCCACUUAUGGUUGUGGAUGAUGAGGAUGAGCCAACGGAAGGGGUGCCCAUUGAACAAUAUCGUGCAUGGCUGGAUGAGGACAGCAAUCUGGAGCCAUCUCCCCUGCCAGAGCUCGAUACAGAAGAGCAGCGCUGGCUGGAUGCCCUGGAGCGGGGGGAGCUGGAUGACAACGGAGAGCUCAAGAAGGAGGUGGAUGAAUCCCUGCUCACAGCCAGGCAGAGAGCCCUCUUGCACAAGCAGCAGAGCCAACCGCUGCUGGAGCUGCCAAUGGGUUACAAAGCCAAGGAGCUGACAGAGGAGAUGUUGGUGAAGCGAGAGGAGCGGGCUCGCAAGCGGCGCCUCCAGGCUGCCAAGAAGGCAGAGGAGAACAAGAACCAAACCAUUGAACGCCUCACCAAGACCAGCAAGGCCAAAGUGAAGACGCUGCGAGAGCGCAAGGCCAAAGGAGUGGUGGCCCCCAUGGUCUGCUACCGCAACGCUGCCAAUGGUAUCACUGUCUCCUUCCCUCCAGGAGCCGCCACUCCUCUUCGGUCCUCCCUUCCACCUGCUGUGCCUCCACCCACCACUUGUGGAGUCGGGGGCUGCCUCAACCUCAAGCGGUACUCCUGUUCUCUCACAGGGGUGCCCCUCUGCAGCCUGGCCUGUUACAAGAAGAACUUGCAGCUCCAACAGGUGGCAGCCUAGCAACACCACCACAUUUGGCCAGAUGACGGCUAUCUUGUGUUGCUCAGAAGACUCUGGUGCCUGAAACUCUUUUAGGAAUGCCUCUGUGUUCCUGGAAAGGAUGUGGUAGACUGAUGAUCUCUGCGGCCUUUACCCCCAUGUGGGGAUGGGCUUGGGCAGACCAUUGUUCCAAGCUGUAUGACAGAACUGAAUUCAUGUGUCCAUUUGCAGUGAUGGCCAGACAUGGGUCUCAUGAGCCUUGCUGACUGGAUGGACAAAGCAGCUGAGAAUGAGAUCUGGAUGCAGCUGGUAUGCCUUCCAAGGCAACUGGCACUGUGGUGCAAAGAGACCGAGUGGAGCCUGCACUCCUUGCAGCUCUCCUUCACAGAGAAGCAGGUGCUUAGUCUUAGCUUAGCUGCUGCAGCUACCUUAGUGCCACAUGGGGAGCAAUAGGCCUUGAGCCCUUUUACUCCAUGUAACAUUGGCAUUUGGAGAGAACCAUCAUGCCAUGGCUCUUGAAAUCCUCACCCUUCCCAAUUGUAAGCAGGAGCGUCCUUUAUUUUUGUACCUGCCGCCUGCUUUAUGAGGACAGGAAGGAAUGGGUGGCAGUCUUGGGCUCCUUGCUCAGAUCAGCUAGGCCCUACAGAAAAACAUGGUUCCCCUGGCAACUUAUUUAUUGUAAUAUUAAAGAUAUAGUGAAGAUAAAAAUGAUUCAGGAGAGCAUAAUGCUGGUCUGAUCAUUUGUAUAUUACACUUAAGACUGAGAAAACAACAACACACACAGUGGAAUGUGAAUUGCUUAAUUCAAUGGCUCCCAAACUAUUUUCUCUCCAGAUCACUUGAAAGUUGCUGAUGGCCUUGGUGGGCCUCUUAAUGAUUUUUCUGCCAGUUGUAUUAUUAAUAUUAUUAUUUAUAUUUAUUGCCCCCCCUUUACCAAUAGGGCCCAGGGUGGGUUAUAAAAUCUAAAAUACAAAUUUGUUGUUGUUAUAUGCCUUCAAGUCGAUUUCAACUUAUGGCGACCCUACGAAUCAGCAACUACCCUGUUCAGAUCUUGUAAGUUCAGGUCUGUGGCUUCCUUUAUGGAAUCAAUCCAUCUCUUGGUUGGCCUUCCUCUUUUUCUACUCCCUUCUGUUUUUCCCAGCAUUAUUGUCUUUUCUAGUGAAUCGUGUCUUCUCGUUAUGUGUCCAAAGUAUGAUAACCUCAGUUUCAUCAUUUUAGCUUCUAGUGAUAGUUCUGGUUUAAUUUGUCCUAACAACCAAUUAUCUGUCUUUUUCACGGUCCAUGGUAUCCGCAAAGGUCUCCUCCAACACCACAUUUCAAAGGAGUUGAUUUUUCUCUUAUCCACUUUUUUCACUGUCCAACUUUCACAUGCAUACAUAGAGAUCGGGAAUGCCAUGGUCUGACUGAUCCUGACUUUAGUGUUCAGGGAUACAUCUUUACAUUUAAGGACCGUUUCCCAAUUCUCUCAUAGCUGCCCUCCCCAGUCCUAGCCUUCUUCUGAUUUCUUAUUGUCUCCAUUUUGGUUAAUGACUGCUGAGGUAUUAAUAAUCCUUGACAAGUUCAAUGUCCUCAUUGUCAACUUUAAAGUUACAUAAAUCUUCGGUUGUCAUUACUUUAGUCGUCUUGGUGUUCAGCUGUAGUCCUGCUUUUGUGCUUUUCUCUUUAACUUUCAUCAUCAUUCGCUUCAAAUCGUUACUGGUUUCUGCUAGUAGUAUGGUAUCAUCUGCAUAUCGUAAAUUAUUAAAUCUUAAAUUAUUGAUAUUUCUCCCUCCAAUUUUCACACCUCCAUCUUGGUCCAAUCCUGCUUUCUGCAUAUAAAUUAAACAAAUAGGGUGUUAAAAUACAUCCCUGCCUCACACCCUUUCCAAUUGGGAACCAGUCGGUUUCUCCAUAUUCUGUCCUUGCAGUAGCCUCUUGUCCAGAGUAUAGGUUGCGCAUCAGAACAAUCAGAUGCUGUGGCACCCCAUUUCUUUUAAAGCAUUCCAUAGUUUUUCAUGAUCUACACAGUCAAAGGCUUUGCUGUAAUCUAUAAAGCACAAGGUGAUUUUCUUCUGAAAUUCCUUGCUCCAUUCCAUUAUCCAACGUAUGUUUGUGAUAUGUUCUCUGGUACCUCUUCCCCUUCUAAAUCCAGCUUGGAGGUCUGGCAUUUCUCACUCCAUAUAUGGUAAGAGCCUUUGUGGUAGAAUCUUGAGCAUCACUUUACUUGCAUGGGAUAUUAAGGCAAUAGUUCGAUAAUUACUGCAUUCCCUGGGAUCCCCUUCUUUGGAAUUGGAAUGUGUAUUGAACACUUCCAGUCUGUGGGCCAUUGUUUCAUUUUCCAUACUUGACAAAUUUUUGUCAAAAUUUGGACAGAUUCAUUCUCAAUAGCUUGUAGCAGCUCUAUUGUAUGCCAUCUGUUCCUGGUGAUUUGUUUCUUCCAAGUAUUUUAAGAGCAGCUUUCACCUCACAUUCUAAAAUUUCUGGUUCUUCAUCACACGGUUCCUGUGUGAAUAAAUCUGUCAUCCUUGCACCUCUUACAGAGUUAUUCAGUGUAUUGCUUUUCCUUUUAUUUCAUCUCAAUCAGUCAGUGUGUUCCCCUGUUGAUUAUUCAACAUCCCUACCCUUGGUGUAAAUUUCCCUUUAAUUUGUCUCAUUUUUUGGAAUAGGACUCUUGUUCUACCCUUUUUGUUGUCCUCUUCCAUUUCUAUACAAUAACUAUUGUCAUAGUUCUCUUUGUCCCUGUGUACUAGUCGCUGUAUUGUUGCAUUUAGGGUUCUGACUGUGUUUCUGUCUCCUUUUGCUUUUGCUUUCCUUCUCUCUUUAACCAUUUUAAGAGUUUUGUCAGUCAUCCAUUGAGGUCUUUCUCUCUUUUUAACUAGAGGUAUUGUCUUUUUGCAUUCUUCCCUGAUAAUGUCUCUGACUUCAUUCCAUAGUUCUUCUGGUUCUCUGUCAACUAAGUUUAACGCCUCAAAUCUGUUCCUUAUUUCAUCUUUAUAUUGUUCUGGGAUGGUAUUUAAAUUGUAUUUUGGCAUUAUGAUUGCUUUGUUGUUUUUCUUUAGCUUUACUCUGAUUUUUGAUAUGACCCUUUCAUGAUCUGUACCAUAGUCUGUUCCUGGUCUUGUUUUCGCAGAAAGUAUGGAACUUCUGGUUAUGUUAAUAGGUUUCCCGUUAAAUCUCACUGAUAUCACUUGCUCAGACCUUGCGCUGUAGCUCCUAAUUGCUUUUGCUACAUCAUUCUCACGAUUAAAGCAACCCUGUUUCUUCUUAA